AUGGCCCAAGAGCCGCCCGAACGCGUGAGCAGCAGCCGGGAUGGCCGUACGGGGCCCUCGACGGCAACUCCAUCGAAGCCAGUUGCACCUCACGAACCACCGGCAGCUGAGAUGAAUGCUUAUGGCGAUGAAGCUGCGCCCCCUGUGGUCGGCAUGGGCGAAUACACUGAUCAGUCGCGUCGCGGUACGCGAAGCCGACACGACGGACGGAUGCAAAAGCGGGAUAAGAACAUCAAGUUUGGUGACUACAUCCUCGGCAAUGUGAUUGGCGAAGGAGAGUUUGGGAAAGUUCGCCUUGGCUGGAAACAGGAUGAUAGAGUUCAGGUUGCUAUCAAAAUUAUCAAGAAAGAGAGUCUCGGCAACAAUCCAUCGAGACUCGCGAAGAUCCACCGCGAAGUUAAUAUCCUCCGCGGCCUGUCCCAUCCCAACAUUGUCCAUCUUCACGACAUGAUUGGCGACGACAGCCGUAUUGGCAUUGUCCUCGAAUACGCUUCCGGCGGAGAACUCUUUGAUUAUAUCCUCAAUCACCGAUACCUCAAAGAUAAUGCUGCCCGACGACUUUUCGCCCAACUCAUCUCGGGUGUCGGCUAUCUUCAUAAGAAAGGCAUUGUACAUCGCGAUUUGAAACUCGAAAAUCUUCUUUUGGACCGGAACAAGAACAUCAUUAUCACCGACUUCGGAUUUGCCAACAUUUUCGACCCCAAGGACGAGUUGAGCGAAGAGGAGGAGCUUAACCUGAGUGACCGCGAGUUUGUUAAGAGGAUUGGUCUUGACAAGAUAAAGUCCAAUGGAACCCGCCGGGGUGAUUUGAUGCAGACAAGCUGCGGUAGUCCCUGCUAUGCUGCCCCCGAGCUGGUUGUUAGCGACUCCCUCUACACUGGCAGGAAGGUGGACGUAUGGAGCUGCGGCGUCAUUCUGUACGCAAUGCUGGCGGGAUACCUCCCGUUUGACGAUGACCCGGCAAACCCUGAGGGUGACAAUAUCAAUCUAUUGUACAAGUACAUUGUCAACACCCCACUCACAUUCCCCGAAUACGUAUCGCCUCAUGCACGCGACUUGCUCAAGCGGAUUCUUGUUGCCAACCCUCGACGGCGUGCCGAUUUAUUCGAAGUAGCUCGCCAUAGUUGGUUGAGCGAGUAUGCCAAUGUCGUUAGGAUCAUUACGAGCAGCACGACAACGCCCGCCGACAUCCAAAACACAACAGUGCCUGCCGAGGAUGACACCGACGGGCCUGGUAUCGCACGAAGCGCCUCCCUACGCGACGCAUCGAAGCCUAAAACAGCCGCGGCUGCCUCGACCGUUGGGGGCUUGACGGCCAAGCAUGGUCAUAUCGAUGCCGACGAGGCCGCAGUGGCAGCAGUAAAGGCGCAGAAAGAUGCCAAGCGUCGGACGGUACAGGUCGAAUAUGUUGCUCCAACCACCCAGACGCAGCGUGGCGAAUAUGUGGUUUCCAGCAAGUCCCGUGGCCAGCCAAGCAAUACAGCCGCUGCAGCUCCUAUUGGCACGUCAUCCCCCAAGGAGAAGCCUUUGCCCCAAGAUCCCCCUGUCGCCAAGUCGUCAAGGGGCGGCCCGCCCUCUGCUCACCGACAGCAACCCGGAGCCGGCCCAACACGUCCGGUUCGCGAUCCCCGACCCGAAGACGCGUAUCUCGCCGGUGCCACCCUGACAGAUCCUGCUCACGCACGCCCUCGUACACAAGGUUCCAUUCAGUCUUCGGCAUCCUUGGGCUUCACGGCUACGGGCCGGAACGCUUACGGCCAACCGGCGCCACCUGCCGUCGCGGGAACCAACGUCCAUGGACGCAUUCAGCAGCCAGCCAAUCCCGGCGAGGAGGUGGACGAACAUGGAGCCGGCCGGCCGAGCGUGCCGUCCAAGUUUGCUAGGGUUUCCGGAUUUACCGAUGCCGGGCCCGGCCAAGGUCACGAGGGCAAAGGCCACAAGAGAUCAAGCACAAUUGGCGAUAUCAGCGCGAAGCUCCUGGGGCGAAGUGGAUCUCUCUUCGGCAAGAGCCGCAGACGUCAGGAUUCCGUCACGACUUCGGGCGCUCCCAGCAACGCCCAGCCAGCUUCGCCUCCCGCAGAGAAGAACAGCCGGAAGUACCCGCCCAUCAGCAUGGCCAAUUCGAUGGCGCUUGGCGGCGGCGGCGAUGAGCCUCGUCAAUCGAUGGAUUCUAGGCAAUCACGGCGAUCCUUCUCUCUAGGACUCGGCCGGAAACGUAGCGGCAGCAUGAGCGGCUCGCACCACUCCCAGGAGAAGCACACUCGCCGCUUUUCUCUCAUCCCUUCACUCACCAAGGCUAUUGGAUUGGGGUCGGACCGAAAUUCGCACCAGUCGCUCCCUAUCCAUCCCGGGCCUGACCGUCAAGGUCAGACGGAGAGCCGGGGCGGGCAGCGCAACACCCCCAUCUAUAAUGAGAUGCUCACCCGCCGGCAACAAGAGGCCGAGGCUGCCUAUCGUAACCAGUCCCAGGUCUCGGCGUCGGGCCAAGCCCAAAGCCCGCGCUACGCACCAGACCCAUACGACCGGAGACCGAAUGCUAUCCCUCCUUAUAUUCAGCAGCACUCGUCAAUCCUCAAUACAGGGUCCGAGUCAUCGAUCGACGUGCAUCGGGCCCAGAAUUCCCAAGCAGCCGGGCUUCAUUACCAAGCGGGUUUCUCGGAGCCGGACAGCUUUGAUGGACGGCGAUUUGCGGGCAAUGCGAAGGGCACCAAGGUGCUGCAAAAGAACAAGCGAUUUGCUGAUGCUUACGAUGAUUAUCCCGGUGGCCAGAAGGCAUCAGUAGGAGCCGCCCGCAGGGUUAUGGACAUCUUCCGAAGGCGCGGCAAGGCUCGCGCCGGGGACGAUCGCUAA